AUCUCCCAGGCACCUAUCUGGUUCUCAUUCAGCAGCUGGGCUGCAGUGAUCCAAAGGAAAAAACACGGCUGUUUUGACUGCUACUCCACAUAUGCUAAUGCUGCAGCAGAGACUUCUGCAGGAUCUGCAUUAACAGGUCUAGAGAUACGACAUUUCUCCUAUUUCUUCCACCUGAAUCAUCAAAAUGGUUGUAUGGGCAAGAGUAUUGUUCAGUGUACAUGUGGUUAUGCAGCUAACCUAUGUGGUGACUUCCCAAGGAAUUGUCUAUGAUCUCCUGGUGUCACCUGAUUGUUUGCCUGAUCUCCUGCAAGGAGGACUGAAGAAUAAGAACGUGAAUGAUGUUUUUAUCCUGACAACCUUUCAGGUCCAGAAUAAAGCUCCAGUGCAUGUUUUCCGCAUUUACAACCCUACAGACAACACCGAUCAUUUAGAUUUCACUGUACAUGGGAAACACAACAAAGUCUCUCUGAGGUAUCUGAAAAGCAAUGGAAAGGUAGGUACAGCCACCUUCGUCAAAGUGCCGUUGGCUGAUGGCCGGCCACACAACGUCAUGCUGCACUUCAGCGGGCUGACUCAUGGCACUCCUCGCAUGGUUCUGUAUGUGGACUGUAGACUGGUGGAGAUAGUGGAGGAACUGCCAGCUGCCUUUAAGACACUACCUUCUGGCCCUAAUCGAGUGGCACUAAAAACCAUGCCCACUACAUCAGAGGGUAGUGUGUCAGACCUUAAGCUAGUUCUGGGUGAAUCAAUAGAGAAUGUUGUGGAGCUUCAAGACUGUUCUCUUCAGCAGGGUGAAUCACUGCAAUUACUAGGCCUCUCAUCAAAGCUGGAGCCAGGCCCCAUGUUUGAACUUGUACAGAUGAUCCAAGAACUGAAAGAGAGAAUGGACCAGCAGAUCCAGGAGACUGCAAAUUUAAAGAGAAUACUUAUGGAGUGUGUUCCAUGUGAUGGACAAAACACACGGACAGACUCCCAAACCAAGUGUGCUCCAGGAGUAUGCUUCCAGCUGAGCAUGUGUAUUGAGACAGAGGAAGGCUUCAAGUGUGAACCGUGUCCUGAAGGCUAUACUGGAGAUGGAGUCCACUGUGAGGAUGUGGAUGAGUGUCAGUUCAACCCGUGUUUCCCUGGUGUGCGAUGCAUGAACACAGUCCCAGGGUUCCGGUGUGAGAGAUGCCCCAGAGGGUACAGUGGGCCGGAGUUGCAGGGUGCGGGCAUCACCUACAUCCAGUCACAUAAGCAGGUCUGUAAUGAUGUAGACGAAUGCCAAAGUGUGGACAAUGGCGGCUGCACUCCUAAUUCCUAUUGCCACAAUACAAUGGGUUCAUUCUACUGUGGAGAGUGUAAGCCUGGUUUCACUGGAGACCAAACAAGUGGCUGCAAGCAGACCUCUGAUUCUGGACCUGGUCCUGUUGAUCCUGCUCCUCUCACUAACAGGCUGUGUGGGAACGGUCAGCCCAACCCCUGCGACCUCAACGCUGAGUGUAUCGUGGAGAGAGAUGGAAGCGUCAGCUGUGUGUGCAACAUCGGCUGGGCUGGUAAUGGCUAUGUGUGUGGGAAGGAUACCGACAUUGAUGCUUACCCUGACAGAAAACUUCCAUGCCAGGAUACAUACUGCAAAAAGGUGACCUAUAUUUGCCAUUCUUCAUUUCAUACUACUUCCCAAGUGUUUAUAUGUCCACAAAGGCUUUUCUUCAUCUUCAGUUACUUCUGCGUGAAUGAUUUAUCACAUGUAUGUUGUUUCCAGGACAACUGCAUGUUUGUACCUAAUUCAGGCCAGGAAGACGCAGAUGGCGAUGGAAAAGGUGACGCCUGCGAUGAAGAUGCAGACAGCGAUGGUAUCUUCAAUGAGAAGGACAACUGCUGGUUGACUCCAAACAUAGACCAGAAGAACAGUGAUGAAGAUCAACAUGGUGACGCAUGUGACAACUGCCUAAAAAUAAAUAAUCCAGACCAGCGGGACACGGACCAGGAUGGACUGGGAGAUGAUUGUGAUGAUGACAUGGAUGGCGAUGGCGUGAAAAAUAUUUUGGAUAACUGCCAGAGAGUUCCCAACCGCGACCAGGUGGACAGUGAUAAUGAUGGUGUGGGAGAUGUUUGUGACAGCUGCCCUGAUGUUCCCAACCCCAACCAGUCAGAUGUCGAUGAUGACCUUGUAGGAGACACUUGUGAUACCAACACUGACAGUGAUGGGGAUGGACACCAGAACACCAAAGAUAAUUGCCCUACAGUCAUCAACAGCUCUCAGCUAGACACAGACAAGGAUGGGCUUGGGGACGAAUGUGAUGAUGAUGAUGAUAACGACGGCAUCCCAGAUAAUAAAGACAACUGCAGAUUGGUGCCCAAUGCAGACCAAGCAGAUAAAGACAAUGACAAUGUGGGCGAUGCCUGUACUGGAGACUAUGACCAAGAUCGGGUGAUUGACAAGAUUGACACGUGUCCUGAGAAUGCAGAGAUCACACUGACGGACUUCAGAGCAUAUCAGACUGUGGUGCUGGACCCAGAGGGCGAAGCUCAGAUUGACCCCAACUGGGUCGUCCUCAAUCAGGGCAUGGAGAUUGUUCAGACGAUGAACAGCGAUCCAGGACUCGCAGUAGGUUACACAGCCUUCAGUGGCGUGGAUUUCGAGGGAACCUUCCACGUGAACACGGUGACUGACGAUGACUAUGCUGGAUUCAUCUUUGGCUACCAGGACUCUUCUAGUUUCUACGUGGUUAUGUGGAAGCAGACAGAGCAGACAUACUGGCAGGCUGUGCCUUUCAGGGCCGUGGCUGAACCUGGCAUCCAGCUCAAGGCUGUGAAAUCUAAGACGGGGCCUGGCGAGUUUCUGAGGAAUUCUCUAUGGCACACGGGGAACACCAAGGAUCAAGUGCAGCUGCUGUGGAAAGACCCUCGCAACGUAGGCUGGAAGGACAAGGUCUCAUACCGCUGGAACCUACAGCAUCGGCCUCAAGUCGGAUACAUCAGGGUCCGUUUUUAUGAAGGCGCCAGCCUGGUGGCAGACUCCGGUGUGGUCAUCGACAUGAGCAUGAGGGGUGGCCGUCUUGGUGUGUUCUGCUUCUCACAAGAAAACAUCAUCUGGUCCAAUCUGAAAUAUCGCUGCAAUGACACAAUCCCUGAAAACUACCAGGAGCACGUUGCACAGGAACUCUCCAGGAAAGAGGAUGCACAGGAUAAUACCACACAGUAACGUAACGGAACGCAGUCCCCAAAAAAUCCUCACAUGGCCAAUGAUUUAGGGGGCAAUACAAUGGGUUGGUUAGUGUUAUUUAAAUAAAUCAUAUUAUUGUCCCUUAUAAUUAAGUAGGAUUAAAAUGGACCAGUUAUUUAAGAGUAUCAUAUUAACCAAUCUCCACUUGCUUUGUAAGAAUUUUUGGAUAAAGUCUGCCUUUAUGUAGUCCACAAAAUGAGGCAGCUAUGGAAGGUGGCAUUCGAGUGAGCUGAAAUGCUUUUUUGUGCUUUACUCACAUAUUGGAUGGAUUCAGUUUUAAUAUGGAAAACAGUCAGCAAGCCUGACAGUAACUAAUCAUGACUUUGGGACCUAACUUGCAUUCUCCACUCUAGUACACAACUUUCCUAUUAGUUUCCCUGUGAAUAAUAAUAAUAAUAAUGAAUAAUUCAGAAUGCUUAAUGAAUAAUAUGCUUUAAGAUGAAUAAUUGAAUAAUAAGCCAGGGGAUUAUGGGGUUGAAGGGGUUAAACACUAUAUGAGGAAAAUGAAAGUUUGUGGAGAGAUUCAUGUUUAUAGUAGUCUGUCUUUGAAAGGGAUGUUAAGCCUCAAAUUCUGUUAAGCCUCAAACAACUAAAGGUUUUUUAUGCUUAUUAUGGGAUGGGUCGAAAACUGGGAAAACAUUGUUCAGUUUGUGAUUUUUUUUUUUUUAAGGAUUGGCCAGCUUCAAAAAUGUAACAUGUCAUGGAAUCUUUUCCUAGCUUCUUCUACACCCGCUCACUGUCACGAUGUACAAAAUGCAAUUAAAAUCCAACUUCUCUUUCCAUGGAAAAUGAACACAACAUUUAUUUUCAUAAUUUCUCGUCUUUUUUUAUUUAAAGGUCAAACAUAUAACCUCAAAAGAACAGGUUUUCUCCUGCACAGUUAGGCUUGGGUCCUUUACAAUUUUCUCAAAAUACUCAACAGGUAAGAAAACAACAUAAAAAGGCAUAUUUUAAAAUGAAUGUCAGAUAUUUUUGUAAACAUAUGUACACUGUUUUGAAAAGGUUAACGUUUAUGCCAUGCAAAAUGAGUAGAAACACAGGAAUAUGAGGAGUUACAGCACUGUAAAUGGUGUGAAUGUGUAUAGUGGUCCUCUUUAGGCAAUAAAAUAAAUCAGAUACCUUUUUACAAAAAUCUAGCCUUCAUCUUUAGCAUAUUCUGUUUCAUCUAGACACAAUGUGACAAUACAGAGCACCAAAUAAUUCACAGAUAUACAUGUAUAAAGAGAAUAAACAUCUUAUUGUUAGUCAGGGAUCAGGAAUUGCAUGUACAUUUUUCGCAUCUGUGAAAACUGAGGUUUUAAAGUAAAACCUAAAAUGUGCUCUUGGUUAAAAUAGCUCUAAGUGGUCAUGGAACUGAUGCAGCAAUUCCUCAAUAGCAUUUUAAGGAAAAGUUUAGAUUGAAGAGUAUUAAACAAGCAAAGCGCAUACAAUUCAAUAUACGUUUAAUGCACAUUUGACCUUUAGGCUCAUUAGUUUACUCCUAGGUAGAGGAUAAUAUUGAAUACAGUGUUUAUGUUGUUUUACCUCAGAAAAGGUAGAAGUUCACAUGUUGACUGCUUUGCAUUUUGAGCUGUUUUGACGCAUUGUGUUUAAGGCAAACAGCACAAGAACAACAAAUUUUUACUUCCUUUUGAUUGUUAGAGGCAAUGCCAAUGUUCAAAUCCAAACCAAUAUGCUACAUGCAUGUUAAAUAAAAAGCAAAAGAAGCAUUUAUUGUAAAAUGUUUAACAUUUAAAAGAAAUCCAGUUCAAUAUUUUGUUUCACACAUUUUUCUCUCCAAUGACAAACACAUAAACAAAUCAAGCAAAUGCAACAUAGCCCUUAAAGGGUACUGUUAAGCUGUAUACUUAAACUAAGAAACACUUCAACUUCCUUUUUUAAACAAUUUCUGACUAAUUAAAAAUGAUCGAAA